GUACCAAGAAGCUGACCAACAAGGCGGCCCUGUGGUUUGUCCCCUGCUCUCUGCAGAAUGCCAACAAGAUCCUGGAGGUCCCCCCCAUCGAGUAUGCUAGUCCAGAGCAAGAAGAGGAGGGAAGGAAGCGAUACGAAGCCCAGAAGAAGGAGAGAUUGGAAACCAAAGAGAGGACCGAAAUGGUGGCAGCCCCUUUUUCCGGUCUAGAGCCGCACACGGUAGCCUUCAGCCAGUCCAGUCUGAUCUUUCUGGUGGGACCCGCUGACUGCCCGCUACAUGACUUUGUCAAUGGAGAAAUCACGGUAUGGGGGCACUCGGGUGUCACGGUGAACUACUGUGCCAGUGUCCUAAUGCUGAGGAUCACGGUUUAG